AUGAUAAAGCCAUCCAUCAAUAAUACCCAGUUCCAUCCUCCCUUCUUUAUCUUGCUAGGAAUACCAGGACUGGAAACUAUACAAAUCUGGAUUGCUUUCCCCUUCUGCAUUGUGUACCUGACGUCCCUUGUGGGGAACAACACCAAUCUCUUUUUGAUCAAGACUGAGCACAGUCUUCAUCAGCCUAUGUUCUACUUCCUGGCCAUGUUGUCCAUGAUUGAUCUGGGUCUGUCUACAUCCACUAUCCCCAAAAUGCUGGGCAUUUUCUGGUUCAGUCUCCAAGAGAUCAGUUUUGGGGGUUGCCUUGCUUAGAUGUUCUUCAUCCACAUGUUCACUGGCAUGGAGACUGUUUUGCUGGUGGUCAUCUGCAAUCCUCUCCACUACACGGUGAUCCUCACCAAUAAAACCAUCAGCCUUCCAGCCUCUGUUGUCAUUGGAAGAAAUUUAAUUCUUGUAAACCCAUUUGUAUUUCUCAUUUUGCGGCUGCCCUUCUGUGGCAAUCACAUCAUACCUCAUACAUACUGUGAGCACAUGGGUCUUGCCCGACUGGCCUGUGCCCCCAUCAAGGUCAACAUAAUCUAUGGGUUUAUGGUGAUUUCUAAUAUUAUUGUGGAUGUGAUCCUGAUUGCCUCUUCCUAUGUACUUAUCCUUCGAGCUGUUUUCCGUCUUCCCUCUCAAGAUGCACGACUAAAGGCUCUCAAUACUUGUGGUUCCCAUGUGUGUGUCAUGCUGUGCUUUUACACACCAGCCUUUUUUUCUUUUAUGACUCAUCGCUUUGGCCAUAACAUUCCCCAGUACAUCCAUAUUCUUUUGGCUAAUCUAUACGUGGUCAUCCCACCUGCCCUUAACCCUGUCAUUUAUGGUGUUAGGACCAAGCAGAUC